CUCCGCCUUCUUGACUCAUUUUGCUCCUUACUCCUCAGCAGCUCCUCUACAGCAUGGCGAGUCAAGCUCCUGCUGAUACCCCGGUCGCUUCUGACGCGGCGGUAACUCAGACCCUCCCUGACCGCACCCAAAUCCCCGCUGAUAAGGAUGCUCCUCAGGGAGAUGUCUCGAAGAAUGCUGCAAAGAAGGCUGCCAAGGCAGCAGAACUCGCCGCCAAGAAGGCUGAGAAGGCUGCUAACAAGGGAUCUGGAAAGCAGGAACCCAGGAAGCCCGCUGCGAAGGCUCCGAAGAAGAAGAUUGACGGUGCUGCGCUGAUUGGCAUUGAUGUCUCCAAGGAAGAGGAUUUCCCAGGAUGGUAUCAGCAAGUUCUUACAAAGGGUGACAUGCUCGACUACUAUGAUGUUUCGGGAUGCUUCAUUCUCAAGCCCGCUUCGUACUUUAUCUGGGAAGAGAUUCAGAACUGGUUCAACGCGCGCAUCAAGAAGAUUGGCGUCAAGAACUGCUCAUUCCCUCUUUUCGUCUCCGAAGAUGUCCUGAACAGGGAAAAGGAUCACAUUGAAGGCUUCGCUGCUGAAGUCGCUUGGGUGACACAUGCCGGCUCUACUCCUCUUGAGAAGAAGAUCGCUAUCCGUCCGACAUCGGAGACUGUUAUGUAUCCUUACUAUGCCAAGUGGAUCAGGAGUCACCGUGACUUACCCCUCAAACUAAACCAGUGGAACUCCGUCGUCCGGUGGGAGUUCAAGCACCCCCAGCCUUUCCUCCGAACCCGUGAAUUCCUUUGGCAGGAAGGACACACGGCUCACUUGACAAAGGAUGCUGCCCAUGAUGAGGUUAUGUACAUUCUCGACCUGUACGCCCAAAUCUACGAGGAGCUCCUGGCUGUCCCCGUGGUCAAGGGUCAAAAGACAGAGAAGGAGAAGUUUGCUGGUGGUCUGUACACUACCACGGUUGAAGGUUAUAUCCCGGCUACUGGCCGUGGUAUCCAAGGUGGUACAUCCCACGGUCUUGGCCAGAACUUCAGUAAGAUGUUCAACAUCACCGUUGAGGAUCCCUCCACCAAGGGCGAUGAGAAGAAGCCCCCUCUUCACGUGUGGCAGAACUCUUGGGGUCUGUCCACCCGUACACUUGGUGUCAUGGUCAUGAUCCACAGUGAUAACCGUGGUCUGGUCCUCCCUCCUCGUGUCGCAGACACUCAAACCGUUAUUGUCCCUGUCGGUAUUACAGCCAAGACCAGCGAUGAGGAGCGCCAGAAGUUGUACGCCGAGGUCGAGGGCCUGGUCAAUGUCCUCACCGCUGCUGGUGUCCGCGCCAUUAGCGACUUGAGAGAAGGCUACUCUCCUGGGUGGAAGUUUAACGACUGGGAGCUCCGUGGUGUGCCACUGCGUAUCGAAUUCGGUCCCGGUGAGUCCGCCGGCCAGUUCGUCACUGCUGCUCGUCGUGACAUUCCGGGCAAGGACGGCAAGGCCAGCAUCCCUAUUGCCGAGCUUUCUACUGCAGUCCCCGCUGUGCUGGAGCAAAUCCAGCAGGAUCUGUACAAGCGUGCAGAUGAUGAGUUCCGCAGUCACCGCAAGCUUAUUACCAACUGGGACGAAUUCACCCCCGCUCUUAACGACAAGAACGUCUGUGUCAUCCCCCACUGCCUCACCGAGGAGUGCGAGGACCAGAUCAAGGAAAUGAGCGCACGCAAGGCAGAGGAAGACUCCGGCGUUGCUCAAGAUGCCAAAGCCCCCAGCAUGGGUGCCAAGUCCCUGUGCAUUCCCUUCGAGCAGCCUGAGGGUAUCACCGCUGGCGAGACCAAGUGUGUCAACCCCAAGUGCACCCGGCUCGCCGAGAAAUGGUGCAUGUUCGGACGUUCAUACUAAGCGCAAUAGAUCGCCUUGGUCUUAUCUGCAUCAAUGUCAAAUAGCACCUAGCAGGCGCAUUAGAACAAGCACUAUGAGUUUGAUGACAACAUUUUCUUUAAGUCCCUUUUUGUAUCUCAGGUAUUCGAUUUGUAUUGUGCCCGGCAAACAGGACAUCGUUCAAGUAAGACAGACACAUAAUCAAGAAAAGAGGAAGAGACAAUUAUAUCCGACGCGAGUUUUAUGGAGUGUGUGCGGUUAAAAGAUGAUAUACCUUUGCAGUUUACAGGUUGGGGUCGGGGGUUGUCGUUUUGAAGCUAGUUAGCGGGUGGAAAUGAAAUGAGCUACGACUAAUUGACGUGGUCUUGAUCUUCUACUAGUUUAUCAUGGUAUAAUUCAAGAGUCUUGAUCUCAAUUGAUAGUUUUACUUAGA